GCACGUAUCGGAGUGGUGAUAUUGAUCUACCCGUGUUUACGGAGGAGAGCCUGGCCGCUUUGACCAUAGUAAGAAUGGAAUUCCUGAGUUAAUUCAGCUAACCCAGGCUAUUUAGUUAUUCGUUUAUUACACCUUUCGUGAGCAUUACGCGCAUUUUAAGUCAUGAUCGAGGAUUCCGAAAGUUUGGAGACCCGGUCCAGUGGAGACCUCUGGUCCGAGAUAUGCUCCAGUCUGCCUGAGCCGGGGGAGCAAGGACCAAAUGAUGAACAGUUCACAGAUUCAUUCCAGCCUCCAUCGCAAGAGAGCAACCAGAACUCCACUUCUCCCAGUGCUGCCUUCAGCCCGUGGGAACCAAUGGCAGACUCUGAAGUUUACAUCGCCACUUUAGAAAACCGCUUGAAGAGAAUUAAAGGCCAGUCGAGCGAGGUCACAUCAAGGGAAAUGCUCCGCUCAUUGUCCCAGGCCAAAAAGGAAUGCUGGGACAGGUUUCUCCACGAUGCACAGACUUCAGAGCUGUUCCAAGAAGGAGAUCUAGAUCAAAGUGCUUUGGAGCAACUGAAGCGCUGGCUGUCCCCUGAGCGGGUGGCCAUCAAUGCAGAAGAGCUGGAGUACCUCCUUCUGCCAUCACAGAGCAGAGAGAGAGUUGCUGCUCAACACUCAUCCAGCACAGCUCAUACAACAGAAGAGCCUGAGGAGGAAGAGAACUCCUGCCCAGAGAAAUAAAUUCCACAUCAUUCACCCUCCAAUAGACUAUAAUGACCAGCAGACAACUGAGACUGAAUUCGAGAUUGAGUGCGUCCUUCUCUUGUGUCCUCAUCGGCCUACUGCGUAUGGUGGCUGUUUGGUCUCCAUGAAGGACGACACUGAAUCUCUUCAGUGGAACAAGUUGCGCACAUGCAUAAAUGAGUUGUAGAGGACUUGAGCUUGGUUCUCAAAUCCUCAUGUAUUUUAACAAAUGCUGUUCAUAAGUACACUAUAUGUCCAAAAGUUUGUAGACACCUGCUUAUCCAGGGUCUUCUGAAAUCGAGGAUAUUAAAAAAAAAUUUCUUUGCUGCGGUAACAGCCUGUACCCUUCUGGGAAGGCUUUACACUAGACAUUGGAACAUUGCUGUGAGGAUUUGACUGUAGCCACAAGAGCAUCAGUAAGGUCAGGUGCUAAUGUUUGUUGAUUAGUUCUGGAUCACAAAUGCCUCUCCAACUCAUCUCAAAGGUAUUGGAUCGAACUCCAUCACUUCAGAGAAUGCAGUUCAGUUGCUCCAGAGCUGAGUGCUGGGGGGGCUUUAUACCCUUCUUAUAUGAUGACUUGACGCUCAUGUGCAGGUGCUCCAGAGCACCAGGAUUCUACUGACAGUGCUUUAGUUUAAACAAGCUGUUUGUGUGCAAGAAAUGGAUCCACCUUAAAAUAGCUUCAUUUACUAAUUAUAAGGGGGGUCUGGAUACUUUUGGACAUAUGUUGUGUCAAAAUGCUUCAUAUGAAGUCUGAUUCUUUAUCAUUUUUGUUUGUCUAAACAACUUGAAUCCAUGAUCCCCAUUAUCAGUUGCCAUAAAUGUGACCUCUGUUCAAGGGUGAUUCUUUCACAGAGUUUGCCCAAGAUUUCAUGUCAGUGUGGAAUUCCAUCUCCCGCUAGUUCUGUACUUCUCAAGCCAUUCCUCAGUGCUCCUUAGAGGGUCCAAUUUUUUACUCUAAGCUUUAGGAGUUAAGAUCAAGCACCGUCUAGAGGGGCCCUGAGGACCACUCUUAGAGAACAUACCAGCCUCUAAAGGUGAGCCAUUUUUCUAUUUGCACCUGUUUUGCAAAGUUCAUAGCUUUGUACCUUUUCUUUAUCUUUCUGUUUGUGGAGUGAGAACAAGGAAAUUGGUGCUUAAAUUUGUGUCACUUUUUCUGCAAUGUCUACCAAUACGAACUGACAUCAAGUGAAUAUAUCACCUCAUCUAAUACGGGCCUGUUGGUCCUAUAAUAGAACCACAAAUAGUUAAAGAUGGUGAUAUUGUCGUGAACAAUGUUGUAAGCAUUCUGUGUGAAUCAUGCUCAUUUAAUUUGUAUUCCAGGAGAUGUGAGGAAAAGCAAAUAAACUGCAGGUCUAAUUGGA